AUGCAAUCCGCACCGAACGCACUGGGGAACGGUCGCCAUCGCCGUCAAAUCUCCACACCAGCUGCCCAAUUCGACGCGCCAGUCAUGGCCAACAUGCAAACCCGUCGGUCACAUCGCCGAGGCCAGACUGUGGAUUACAGCUCCUACAGUCAGCAGGCCACGAUGGACCGAUAUGCGCCCAAGACGGUUUCGCAGUUGCGAGACUAUUUUAACGAAAAAGCAGGUUAUUCUUCCCGGGAUGUACAGCAGUAUCAAUCUUAUGCCCAGCAACCCGAGCAAUCUUUUAUGCCCUCAGCCAUGACUAUGCAGCAGGCUUAUCAAUAUCAAAGUCACCCUUCGCUCGGGGCUGAUUGCCAGGCUUUCAACCAAGAACAACUGCAAGCGAUCCACACCUCCACUGGUAGCCCCGCGCCCUCUUCCAUCGGUGCGCCGGCUUUGUCCCGAUCAGCUAGUCAGAGCUCUGACAAUACACCAUUGAAGUUUGCGCUGCAUCAUAUGCAGCAAGGACAAUUCUCGAAUCAGCACCAACAAUAUGCUGGCAAUCCGGACUGGGAAUUGUUCCCUCAACACAGCAUGCCAAUGGUCCAACAAGAGCAGGCUACGACCUAUGCCGGAGCUAUGCACCAAGUCUCUGUUCAACCAAAGGCUCCAUCUGCGAAGAUUCUGUCGCAGAUUUCUACUGCUUACAACUCCCCCUUGACCCCGAACUCUACCCCAUUGAAAAGAUCCAUUGAUUAUUCCAUGUACAGCAAUGACCCAACGCCUUCCAAGUCCCAAAGUUUUUCGUUUCCCCACAAUCAUGUCACUUCCGAAAUGCAGAGAACCCAAUCCCUGCAAGGAGUACCGUAUGUCGCAUCUAUGCAGAUCAAGCACCAAAUGCCCUCUCCCGUCAAUUCCCCGCUUCCCACAUCGUUCAAUGAAGUUGCCGAUAUGCCAACCCCGAGUUCUUACGAAGUGACGCCUCAAAAAUCUAGUGUUUCAAUCACGCCGUCCACUGGCAGGUCGAAGAAGCGAGCCCUCUCAACUGUGUCCUCUCCCGCAAUUGCCCCAGGCCACGAUGAUGAUCUUGAUGCCCGAGUAAAGGCGUCAGUCCAACAGACCGGCGUUUCAACUGAUGAGAUUGCCAAGUUUAUCUCCGGCCCUGAUCCCAAGGAUGGGAAGUGGGUUUGUCUCUUCACCGACUGCCUUUGCCGCUUUGGACGCAAGGAAAACAUCAAAUCACACGUGCAAACACAUCUCGGAGACCGUCAAUUCAAGUGCGAUAUUUGCGAAAAGCACUUUGUGCGCGGACAUGAUCUCAAGCGUCACCUCAAGACUCACAGUGGCAACAAGCCCUUUGCCUGUGCCUGCGGUGCCAGCUUCGCUCGACAGGAUGCUCUGACUCGUCACCGCCAGCGCGACAUGUGUGUUGGAGGUUUCACUGGUGUGGUUCCGAAGACCACCAAGCGCGGCCGUCCCCCAAAGAAGAAGAACAGCCGCCCUGAUCUCGACACUCGUCAGGCUAAGUCCACUCGUACUCGCCAGCGCGUUGCUGAAAAGUCCGCCUCAAUCGCCCCAGCCCAAAGCAAUGUCCCUUUGCAAGAAGCCCCUGUGUUCAACUCGCCCAACUAUGCCCCGUCCGCUGCAGUCUCGUCUUUCACGCCGCCCACCUCGCCCGGAGCCAGAUACAACGGUGGCUCCUCGCCAUGCCAGACCUACAGCUCCUUUGACACGAAAUUCGAGGAUGACAUGCUGCCAUUGUCUCCACCCCAACUCGCUCACGCUAGAUACGAGCAGGCAAUGGCCCACUACGGAUCGAACCUCAGUUCUCAGACCUACUCGCAAGAAUCUCUUUAUAGCGACUCCGCUCUCUCACCUCGCGAGGUGUCUUCUCCUCACACGGCGCCCACCCUGGCUGAUUCAUCUGGCUCAGAGAUGGAUAUCUUCAUGACUCAAGAUUCCUCCGAGGAUUUGCGCGAGGAGUUCGGCCAUCUCGCCCACUCCGGGCUCCCUGGAUUCCCCACUUAUCAGUUUGUUGACACCACCGAUUUCGCACCUGUUUCGUCCUACUACCCAGAGAAGACAUUCUCUGGCCUUUCCAACCUGAAUGACGAUCUGACCGAUCCAAUCGACUGCUUGUCCAGCGAGUUCCUGAUUGACCCCUGA